CAGAGGAAGGCAGAGGAAAAACACACAGAGGGAGAAAAAUUGAGGACCUCACAAAUAAUUCAUUUUAGAAAUAUAAAUGUAUAUUCUGUGCAUCAUAUACAUAGAAAUUUGUGGUACAUGUAAAUAGAAUAAAUGUAACUAUUGUAGAAAAAUACAUUACCUACAAGGAUAUUAAAUGAAACAGGUGAAAAAACAAGGAGGGUGAAUUAUCUGAUCCAAAAUAUUUGGCAAGAGAGGUGGAGUUUUCUCAGUCUAUGCACGCAUGCAUGUGUGCACAUCCGCACACACACACCCACACACACUACUACAAAUCUGCUAUUAUCUACUGGGAUUUUCAUUCUAAAGCUGGUCUCUCUCAGGCUCCCUGAUCUAAAGAAUUCCAGUGACACACUCAAGGACAUUAUGAGCUUCCAUUCAGAUUUUGAUUCUAAUGAGAAUUACGAUUACCAUGAUCAUUACAAUGACAGCUUGAACCACAGCUACUAUGAUGAGGACUUUGAAGACUACACUGUGUGUGACAAAUCAGAUGUCCGCUCCUUUGGCAGUUUCUUCAUCCCAGUGGUCUAUAGCCUAGCAAUCGUAGUAGGCCUAGCUGGAAACUCCAUGGUUGUAUUUGUUUAUCUAUCUCAGAAGCAUCUACGGUCAUUAACAGAUGUCUUUAUUCUUAAUCUGGCCUUUGCGGACCUCCUCCUUCUUUUCACCCUACCGUUCUGGGCAGCAGAUGCUAUAAAUGGCUGGGAGAUUGGUGUGGUGGCCUGCAAGAUAACCUCAGCCCUCUACACCACUAACUUCAGCUGUAGCAUGCUUCUGCUAGCCUUUAUAAGUGUGGACCGUUACAGAGCACUUUCCCAGGGCUCCAGGGCUUAUGCCAGGCCACUUGGAAACAAACCAAGUAGACAGAGGCUGCUACUUUCCCUCCUGAUUUGGAUUGUAGCCUUCAUCUUAGGCUUGCCAGAUUUUUUCUUCAACAGCAUAAAGCAACACUCUUCUGGACACAAAUCCUGCAGGGCACUAUACCCGCAUAAUAUGGCACAAAAAGCAAAAGCGAUCUUGGAAAUUCUAGAGGUGACAAUGAGCUUUCUGCUACCGUUUCUGGUGAUGAUGUUCUGCUAUUACAGAGUGGGAAAAACCCUGAGUCGGGCAGCAACAACUGGAAUGAAAGAAAUUCGGAGGUGGAAGACCUUUCAGGUCCUGAUAGCUGUGGUGGGAGUGUUUUUAUUUACACAGCUGCCAUAUAACAUUGUCAAACUUAUACGAACUCUAGAUAUCAUAUAUGCAUUUGUGACAAACUGUGAGGUCAGUAAAGCACUAGAUCGGGCCAAUCAAGUUACAGAGAGCUUGGCACUCACACACUGCUGUCUAAACCCAGUUCUAUAUGUCUUCACUGGUUCAUCCUUCAAGGCGCAUGUGCUAAGGAUUGCUAAGUACUGUGGACAGAUUGGGAGGCAUCGUCAUCAGAACAUCAUGCAACCUGCAGUGGAGAUUGCACUAAGAACACAGACCCACACAAACAGCAAUGCAUGCUCACAAUCAGACGAGGAACAUACAAGUACCUUUACCAUAUAGCACACUAACUUGAUGACCAGGUCCAAAAAAGACUGCAUUAUUAAUAAUGCAAGUAGGCCACACCAUUUAAAUAAUGGCUGAGUGGUUCUAUUUGAAAUUUGGUGGAGUAAAUUCCAAAUCUGAGACAGCUGACACAGAAUUACAAUUUAAAAUUUAAUAUCCUAAACAAUACAAGAGUAUGGGCAAGGUUAAUGAGUGUUUCUCUAAAUAUUUUAAUAGACAUCAUUAUUCAUAAUUAUAAACUCAUACACAUCUGAAAUGAAUGUGCUACAUUGUUUUGUGAAAAAAAUCAAUAAAUCAUUCUAUUUCUUAA